AUGAGCAUCACGGAUGUGCUCAGUGCUGACGACAUUGCCGCGGCCCUGCAGGAAUGCCAAGACCCAGACACUUUCGAACCACAAAAGUUCUUCCAGACAUCGGGUCUCUCUAAGAUGUCUGCCAGCCAAGUGAAGGAUGUCUUCCGGUUCAUAGACAAUGACCAGAGUGGAUACUUGGAUGAAGAUGAGCUCAAGUUUUUCCUCCAGAAGUUCCAGAGUGAUGCUAGAGAGCUGACUGAGUCAGAGACCAAGUCCUUGAUGGCCGCAGCAGACAACGACGGAGAUGGGAAGAUUGGGGCCGACGAAUUCCAGGAAAUGGUGCAUUCUUAA